UCAUGGCAAUCGAUUUUGUUGGUGGCGAAAGUUGCAUGGAACCUAAGUGGGCGUCCUGAUGAACUGCCAAUUUUGUUUGUAUACAUUUUACCCGUUUCCAAUGGAAAGCCAUUAGCAACAUAAAUCCGUUUGAUCGAUAAUCGUCACUUAGUGUUAUUUUGAGAUGGCCACAGCAAGUAAACCAUUCGAGACAAAUGGAGAUUCGAAAGAGAUUACUUUGGGUAAAAAAAUCGCUGAAUUGAAGAAGAGAUUAAUUUUGAGCGAGGGUCAGAAAAAGGCAACACUCGAAGAAUGGGACGGAAAGGAAAAGAAGUGCUUGGACACGAUUGCCGAUUUGAAAAAGGAAAUCAAAGAAUUGACCGGACGUUUGAUGAAUUACAUAAAUGUGACCGACGGAAAAUAUUCGGAAGAUCCGUGCGAGGCGAUUCGCACAGUGAAUUAUCCAAUUGGUGCUGACACAGCAUAUAAAGCACUCCAAAUAUACGACCUAGAAAUAAUCAAUCAAACGAAGAAAUAUGAUUUACUCGAGGCGGAAUUUAUGCAACGCAAGAAUCAAUACCAUAAAUUGCAACGCAUCAAAGCCGAAUCGAUUGCAAUCCGAAAAGCUGAAAACGGUUCAGAUCAAACCACCAACGAAAAACCAAAAUCAAAUCGACAAAAACAAUUCCGUACAAACUAUGCACCGUUGACAAUUGAAGAGGAUGAAAACCGUAAAUUGAUCUGCCAUUUGGAAAAUGAAAUAAUCCGCAUUAACAUGCAAUGGGCACAAGCUGAACAUAUUCGCAAAAAAUACAAGUCCAUACAAGCGACCCUGAUGACCGAUGCCGAAAAAUUCGAAAAGAAUCUACUCGAAUUGGAAGAGUCGUUGCGCCAACAAAAUGUUGAUAUUGAAAAAAUGAAGGAUGUGAACCGGGAAGCAAUCCACAUGAGAGACGCGACUAAAAUCGUUGCAUUACGACAAGAGCACAGUGCACAGGCCGCAACCAAGUCACGGUCAAAAUUGGCCUUCGAUUAUCGGCAACAAGUAGAAAAUCAUAAGAUCGAGCUGGAGCGACUGGAACGGAAAUUGAUGAUCACAACAACCAAAACGGUUAUGCAACAAGGCAGCAUGGAAUCGUUGAAUGACAUUCCACUCUCGGACAAACGGUCGUCGGAGAGUGCGAGAGGACCAUCCGAUUUUGUGAAUGAACUGGAAGGCAAAUUAAAAGUGCUGAUGCAAACAACGGGUGCAACUAGCCCGAAGGAUCUCUUGGAACGAUUUUCCUCGCAAAAGGAGGCUAUGCAACGGUUGAACUAUUUGCGAACCGUUACUGAAGCCGAGAAACGACAUCUUGAACGUCGCAGAGAUGAUUUUACAUCAAAAUUGGAACAGCUCAAAUUUUCUGAUACAAAAGAAAAUGAAGUAAAUCAAGAAUAUUUGGAAAACUUGAAAAAGAGCAUAGCGGAAAAACAAGCAAAAGAAAAUGAAUCAUUGCAAGUCUCCAGCCGCUCAAAUGCCGUGCUCAGUUCAAUUAAAAUGACUUUGAUUGAUUUGAUCCACAAAUUGGAAGAGAUUUAUCUUCCAACUGCAUCCGUUGAAAUUGAAGCUAACGAAAAUAUCCCGAACAACACAUUGCUGCAAAUUCUUGAGGAUAAAUUGAAAAAUGGAUUGAAAAUGACGGGAGAAUACGUUGGCGAUGACGAUAGUGGUUUUGAUAUAGACACCGAUGCACUUGAAAUGGAAGAACCCAUUGGGUUGGAACCCAUCGAUCCAGACAAAUUGAGCAUCAAUUUGAAACUACCCGAGCUGCUGAUCCCAUUUAUAUCGUCAACAAUGCCGACUCCUCGUUCGGCACGUUCGCAAUUGGGCAGUGCGUACGAUGGCAAAACGGCAUCCCCGCAUGAUAUUGAAAUCGAAAAAUCCACACCAUAUCCAAUGUGUUAUGGAAAUUUGCUGGCUGGUCGCGCCACAAAUGUGUCAACAUCAACAUCACCUGGUCAACCAGCGCAGCCAGCUGUUUCAGACGACGAAGCCGAAGUUCCAUCACGGAAUUUGAUCAAGCGACAAGCAUUGUUAAUCGUCGAUUCAAAGGCAAGACGCAAAGGCUAUCGUGCACCACCAAAACGGAAAUAAGCAAUACGAAUGUCAUCGUCAAUUAACCAUUAAAUAAAUUGCGACACACUGAGUAAAA